UCUUUUCCUCAUCAUAAAAAAAUAUAAUCUCUGCUUAAAUCGAUUUUCGAUAAGAUCAUUCUCAGAACAAAUUUCAAAUUUUCGAUCCGAGUAACCAACCAUGGAGUGUAGAUCAUUGGAUCUGACGAUUAUAUCGGCGGAGGAUCUCAAAGACAUUCAAUUGAUUGGUAAACAAGACUUGUACGCUGUCGUUUCAAUCAACGGUGACGCUAGGACGAAGCAGAAGACAAAGGUGGACAAAGAUUGUGGCACCAAACCUAAAUGGAAACAUCAGAUGAAGCUCACCGUCGAUGAUGCGGCGGCGCGUGAGAAUCGUCUUACUCUUGUUUUCGAGAUCGUGGCGGAUCGUCCCAUCGCUGGUGAUAAACCUGUCGGUGAGGUUAGCGUUCCGGUGAAGGAGCUUUUGGAUCAGAACAAAGGUGACGAGGAGAAAACGGUUACUUACGCCGUGAGGUUGCCUAACGGGAAAGCUAAAGGAUCUCUCAAAUUCUCCUUCAAAUUUGGGGACAAAUAUACUUUUGGAUCUUCGAGUGCUCCUCACGCGCCGGUUCCAUUGGCUAUGGAUCAUAAGACUAUGGAUCAGCCCGUCACCGCUUACCCGCCCGGACAAGGUGCGCCGUCUGCAUACCCUGCGGGUCCUUCUUCCGGAUAUCCACCACCAGGACAUGACGAUAAGCACGGUGGUGUUUACGGAUACCCGCAGCAGGCUGGAUAUCCGCCAGCUGGACCCGGUGGUUAUCCUCCACCUGGUGGAUAUCCGCAACAGGGAGGUUACCCGGGAUAUCCGCCUCCGCAACAGGGUGGAUACCCGGGUUAUCCGCCACAGGGUCCAUAUGGUUACCCGCAACAAGGUUAUCCGCCACAGGGUCCAUACGGUUACCCGCAACAGCAAGCUUAUGGUAAACCGCAGAAACCGAAGAAGCACGGUAAGGCUGGAGCUGGAAUGGGACUAGGGCUUGGGCUUGGAGCUGGUUUAUUGGGUGGGUUACUGGUGGGUGAAGCAGUUUCUGACAUCGCAGAUAUGGGUGACAUGGGUGACAUGGGUGGUGAUUUCGACUUCUGAUUGCUAUGUUAUCAACUUUUUAAUUUCUUAGGAUAAAUUGCUUAUGUUUUUCGUUUGAUGAAUCAUGUGUAGAACGUGAGAGAUCAAGUUUUAUCUUGUGUUUAUGUCUCUGUUUACUUCUUUUUCUUCUAAUGAAUGUAUUGAACAUUA